AUGCGCUUCCUUCAACUGUUCUUCGUCUCGCUUGCCGCUGGCAUCCUGCCAGUGAGGGCUUCAAGCUGCCGUUCAUUCCCUUCUUCCAUGAUCGAAUUCUCUUCUGAAUUUAAACAACCAACUCCUCCUAUGAUCCAGGCCGAGUAUGAAACCAAUUUUAUUCAACACAAGUGGAAUCAAAACCUAUCACACAUCACAACUGGCUUCAUCAAUAAUUCGCCAUCUCUGAAUUUCGUUCGAGUUGACGAAGCCUUCGAUGGUAACCUAGCAUCGUCCUUCUUCAAUUAUGCCAAUUCUACAAAAGAAGGUCUGGUGGACAACACUUUGACCACCUUUGAUCACGAAUCCAACAAGCCAACUGUAUGGAGGGGAUUCGUCAACUCGAACUUCCCUCUGUUCCCUGAGGACAUACUAAUCCAAAAUGGUGCUGUUUUUGGCGGACUGGUCCGGCGACAAUUCAACGAGGACUUUGUGGCAGCUUGGAAUAUUAUGUACCAGGGAGUUAUUCCUGUUACAGUUUUCGUGAGCAAGUGCAAUAUCAUGGUCGGGUACGACUAUUUUUCUCCUGGAUUGCGUACCAGGGUUAUUACUGAAUACUUCAACAUCAAAGUCUAA